AUAAAUGGCUUUCUUGUAUUGGUUGUAAGGCCAAAAUUCAAUCUUCGUCCUCCAUUUGUUGUUCUCGCUGCGGCAUUGGCCGGUAAUCUCUAUCUCUACGCACUCAGGUCUCUUCUUUCGCUUCUGCUUCAACAAAAACAUUAAAAAAAUUUCUAAUGUUCUUCGAAAAUGCAUUGAGUUAACAAUUCCUUCCUACCAUAUUUAAGCAACUUGUCUGAAUUUAGGAAAUCUGUUGAUGAAUCUGGAUUCAAGAUAGAGGGCCUUCCACCUUACCCAGAUUCCCUUAAUCUUCAUUACUGUAUAGGUUUCAAUUUCAUUUAUUAUCAACAUGUCUUCUGUGAAUCUUGGCACUUGGGUUCAUGGCUGCACCAUAUUCAAUCAAUCUACCAGAUCAAAAUCUCAUCCAUUUCAAAGGAUUUCAAUUGCAUCUCCAAAAUUAAGACGCCUACCCGAAUCCUUUGCCUUGCCAAGACGAAACAGAUCCCUGUCAGUUUCCGCUGUUCUCACCAAAGAAGAAACUCUCAGGGAAGAAGAGGAAGACCCAAAACCCGUUUUCGAUUUCAAGUCUUAUAUGCUUCAGAAAGGCAAUUCUGUUAACCAGGCCCUUGACGCCGUCGUUUCAAUCCGUGAACCCAAAAUUCACGAAGCUAUGAGGUAUUCUCUUCUAGCGGGCGGCAAGCGUGUAAGACCGGUGCUCUGCAUCGCUGCGUGUGAACUUGUUGGUGGUAAUGAGUCCAUGGCGAUGCCGGCCGCUUGUGCUGUUGAAAUGAUUCACACCAUGUCCUUGAUUCAUGAUGAUCUACCUUGUAUGGAUAACGACGACCUUCGUCGGGGAAAACCGACAAACCACAAAGUUUUCGGUGAAGACGUCGCCGUUUUAGCCGGUGAUGCACUUCUUGCCUUUUCGUUUGAAAACAUGGCUGUUUCUACGGUUGGCGUUCUGCCUUCGAGGGUGGUCAAAGCAGUUGGAGAAUUAGCGAAAUCGAUUGGCAUUGAGGGUCUUGUUGCCGGCCAAGUUGUGGAUAUAAACUCUGAAGGUUUAAAAGAAGUGGGUUUAGAUCAUCUUGAAUUUAUUCAUCAGCAUAAGACAGCUGCAUUACUGGAAGGAUCAGUCGUUCUUGGAGCAAUAUUGGGUGGUGGAAGUGAUGAUGAAGUUGAAAAGCUGAGAACUUUUGCUCGGUGUAUUGGGUUGUUGUUUCAGGUGGUUGAUGAUAUUCUUGAUGUGACAAAGUCAUCUCGGGAACUUGGAAAGACUGCUGGCAAAGAUUUGGUGGCUGAUAAAGUCACUUAUCCUAAGUUGUUGGGGAUUGAAAAAUCAAGGGAAUUAGCUGACAAGUUAAAUAAAGAUGCUCAACAACAAUUGUCUGGUUUUGAUCAGGAGAAAGCCGCCCCUUUGAUUGCUUUGUCUAAUUAUAUUGCCUAUAGGCAAAAUUGAUUUAUGUGUUUAGAUCAAUCUGGUGUUUCAUGAAAACAAAAAAUUUAAGCUUACCGCAUCUUUACAGAAUUGCAGGUGAGCUUUUAAUGUCAAAUCUACUUUCUUCUGCAGUAAUAAGCAAAUUAGUCACUUACACA